UCGGAAGGAACCAGACCCUCGGGCUCCUCAGGGAUUUCCCGGCUGCCUCUGCAUGGGGGCGAGGAAAGCCCAAGCCUGCCCUUUUGACUAAGAGAAUUCAAAGUAUUCAUACCUUCGAACUGCUUGGGGUGCCUGGCUGGCUGCGUCGUGGAACCUGGGACUCUCCCCGCUGCGGUCUUGAGUUCAAGCCCCCACGUUGGGCAUAGAGAUUACUUUAAAAAAACUUUUUUUUUUAAAAGCUAUAGUGUCGUCAUACACACGAGUUGGGCAGACGCACAGAUGAAAAUGUUCAGGUAGAUAAAUGGGAUGGAAAACAGGAUUCAAAGAAAAAUACAUCACUGGGUCAUUACCACCAAGGACAUCGCGUUUUGGGUUGAGACAGCCUGUCAGGGAUACGGUAGCCAUCACAGGCCACGAGAUACCUUUCUAGGAACGCUGUUCACAGGAAAUGCUGGAGGGUCAGAACGGAACCUGCCUUUGGAGCUUUUUCUUUUAAAAAGGAAGGCGUUUUCUCAGUCUUGUGGAGAUCUCUCACUAUCAGUUAAAGAGUCUGAAGUUUGUCCGGGCUUGACGUUGGGGUUCCGCUGAUUAGCACUGAGGGAAGAGGAGGGUGAGAAAUAAUACAGAAACAGAAGAGGGAACUCAACAAAGGAACUAGGGGCUGUGACGGUCCUAAAAACACGGGGGACUGUUGGAUCCCAUCUGAGUUUGUGGUGGAAUUGGGUGCUGUUAGAUGGAGUUAGGGACCGGGAACAUCAGGUGUUCACAGUGUACGCAAGAUCUAGGUGUUUAAGGAGUGGGCUCUGGUUCAGGGCCCCAGGGAGGACUGGAGCCUGGUCAGGGAACAGGGAAUGGGGGCGGCGUUUCGUGGAGUCAGGGAGGCGUCUCUGAGAAGGACCCAUUCAGAGCUCCGAAGUGAGGGGCCAGCCCCAUGAACACCUACCCUUGGCCUAUUUCUGGAAUCAGCCAAGCACGGAGGCAGGAAGGACUGGCACAAGGAUUGGUGGCGUCCUCCCUCCGGCGCAGACUCCCUGCCCCAGAGCCCAGAGCGCUCGUCACAAGCUCAGGAGGAUCAAGAGCUGUGACUAAAGCAAGAGCUUUCGGAAGAAGCGGGGCGACAGGCCCCUGGCCUUUCUCCUCAGCCUAUCCUGGCUUGCAGUGGCCCUUCCUCUCCCGGGAACAAAAAAAGAUGGAAAAGCCCAGGGGCAAAAAGAAGGCACAGACCCCAAAAGAAGAAGGAGAUUUGCUAAAGGACGCUCCCAAAGAAGAGAAAGCUUCUGGGGAGGAAAGGGCCAACCAGAGGAUGGCGUCGGUGAAGAAGCCCAGGAAGGUCGGCCUGGGCCCUGGAGACAAGGAGCACGUGUUCGACGCCUUCGAUGCUUCGUUUCAAGACGACUUUGAGGGGGUUCCUGUGUUCAUGCCUUUUCAGAGAAAGCAGCCCUUCAAGUGCGGCGAGUGUGGCCGCGUCUUCAAGCACAAGACAGACCACCUUCGCCACCAGAGGGUUCACACGGGAGAAAAGCCCUUCAGGUGUGAGGAGUGUGGGAAGACAUUCCGGCACAGCUCCGACGUCACCAAGCACCAGAGAAUCCACACCGGAGAGAAGCCCUUUAAAUGCAAUGAUUGUGGGAAGGCCUUCAAUUGCGGCUCCAAUCUCCUAAAACAUCAGAAGACACACACCGGAGAGAAGCCGUACGAGUGCAAGGAAUGUGGGAAAACCUUUGCCUACAGCUCAUGUCUCAUUCGCCAUCGGAAGCGUCACCCCCGGAAGAAGCACUGAGCGAGGGGAAGCUGCGCCGUGUUGGUGCCAAUGGGAGCACAGCACGCCUGUGCCUGGGCGUCCCCGUCUGGAAAAUCAACCCAGUGGGGUAAGCAGGUGCUUGAGUGUGCUAAAGACCUGGACCGAUACACCAUGACAACGUGGGAGGGGCCUGUGGCCCCAGAGACGCUGGGGACACUAGCAGCUGUCUGGGACUCUGGAGAUGGCUGCUUGCGAGCGGCCCAGCACCUUCCAGGGCAGCCUCUGCCCUUGGCGUCCACUGUGGCUUCAGCCCUCUCAGCUCCCUUGAAGACUUGACUCUGCAGACUCCGGACCUGCCGGGUCAUGCCUGUGCAGCCUGGCGGGGGCCGGUGGCCCUGAGCUGGAGAGCUGUGUUCUGCGGUCAUGCCCACAGCGCUGCACCAGACGCCUGCUGGCCCCACUCAGCUGGCCAUGGUGACAGUGGUUUGUGCUCUGGCUUCCCUCCUCGGGCUGCAGCAGCACCAUCCCCUACCCGACACCCGGGAACCGAACCCCUUGUGUGUCCCCCUGGCCCAGGUGAGUGGCCUGACUCACCCAGGUGGGUCCCUCGGGACCUGCGUGCCGCCACCGUGGGAGAUUCCUGCCCCGGACACGUAGACGUCCCGAGGAUGUGAGGGCAGCUUCGAGCCAGCCCGCAUCUGCCACGGGGCUCUUCGGUUGUGAGGCCCUGCGCCCUGCCCCCCGGAGGGCAGCUCUCCAGGUGGUCACAGACGCCAGAGGGCAGCUGCUCCCGGUGGAGGUGCUUCUCCAGGCUGGUAGGUGUUUGCUCCUGUUCAUUCUAGAAGCCGCAGUGUUAUGAUGCCUGAGCUGGCACCCCUCCCCAGCCCCAGCGCAGCCCUCCCGGCUGACUCGGCUUGCCCCAGGAGUGGCAGGAGAUCCAGGGGGACACACCGUGUAUGGUCCUCGAUGGGAAAGGUAGCUGCCGAGGACGUCACCGGGACGUUUAGCAAACUUCGUGUGCACGUGGGGGGGCAGAGCUGCACCAGUUUCCGGUUCCUGCUUGGACCACGGUCAUCCCACCUGUCCUUGUCGGGAAGGACGCUCUCGAAGGUUUUCCCGGGGAUUUGCGGUCAUGCUGUCUGCAAUUUACUCUCAGACGUUCAGCAGAGAAUACAGGACCUGUGUUCGCUCGGAGCGCGACGAGGCAGAUGGCGCGCGUUGGUCGUUCCUGAGCCUGGAGCAGGUCGGCAGACGUCUUCUGUGAAGGGUCGGAUAGUGACCAUUCCUGGCCUUGCAGCCCUAAGGCGUCUGUCCCCGCUCAACUCCACUGCGGCAUGUGACCGCAGCCCCCACAGCACGAGCGAACGCGCGUGGCCGAGUUCCGCAAAAGCUGUAUGUGCAGAGACUGGCAGCCACCAGGCUGGGUGUUGUCGGGGAAGGACACGUGAGAGUCGCCCGUCCCGUGCGCAUGUCCUCCCAGACCCACUGCUGGGGGGAAGCCAGGGGCAGCAGACAGAAAGAGACCCUGGGAGGCCACCAAGGGGCCCCGAGCGGCGAGCCCGGCUGCUCGUCUUGGGGUGCUGGAGCGCAGGGUGCAAUGCCCGGCCAGCGGCCACCCUCACGGCACGCACGUCCAGGGCUGUCCACCUCCUCCUCAGCGUGUAGGUUUGUCUUGUCUACGGCCUAAGACACGCCAGGCCGCGUGUGUCUGUAGAUCUGAAUCCCGGUUGCCACUCGUUUCUGCUCAGAGGGCGGCGAGCGUGGUCGGUGCCGCUGCCUGGAGGUGGGGGAGGGAGAGUGGUACAGAGAGGCUGACCGACUUCUAACGGGCACGUGGGCUGUUUCUGGUUUCGGGCAUUAUAAAUAAUACUGAGAUAAAUAUGUUUCUGCAUUUAGGGUUGACAGGAUGGGUGCCUGGACACGGAACGACAGGUGGAGAUGGUGGCGGCAGGCACCCUGCUCUGGGCCCUGCAGGGUGGGCGUCCCAGCGGCACAGUCGGCAGGCUGGCCCGGCCUCUCCAUCAGCAGCCAGGUAAUUCGUGUCCCUUUCUGGCUGUGAGAGCAGAUCAGGAAGCUGGUCAGGAAGCUCCUGAUGAGGUGUGCGUAAGAGUGAACCGUCCAGUCAGACAGGCCUGAGCCCUGGGAGGCCGUGAGGAGGGCGCAGGGCUAGCAGAGAGGCCCUAACCCAGACAACCUCUCCAUCUGGGGGCGCGGGGGCGGGGCUGGGCUGGAAAGCUCCGGGCGGUGGUGGGGGCGCUGGUGGGCUGGGUGACCCCCAGCAGGUGGGCAGGUGACCCCCAGCAAGUGGGCGGGGUGGUGUGACAGGUGAGCGGCACCUCCUGUCCCCUCGCAGAGCCCCGUGAAGGCAGCAAACACCCUGAGGGCCCUUCACCGGUUCCCCAACCUCUCUGAAGGCCACAGAAUUCACACCCAUGGCCCCGCUGCACCCAGGAGGGCAAUGCGGACACUACCCGCCUUCUAGGAAAGCGCUGCAGGCAGAAACCCCAGGCAACAUCAGGAACUUCCCCAGCAUCCUGGGACUGUCCCAGAGAAAUGCCUUUUCCAAAUGGAAAACCUUCAGGGCACCCCCGGCUGAGCAUGGUUCUCAAAGCCCAGUGCCCGGGAACACUUAGGGCCGCGCCCACAGAGCACCUCAGCGCCUGGCCCAGCUUGGAGGGCGCGGGGAAGACACCAGGCAGGCGGGGGGGGGGGGGCAUGGAGGACACCUGCGGACGACCCAAGGGAGGUGACAUGGAUCAUCCUUCAGGCUGGCAUCCUGUGACCCGGGCCGGCAUCUGUCCCUACAGGCCUCCUGCCAGGCUCUAUCUGAGGGAAGGUGGCAGCCAGCGCUGUGGGAGAGUGGGCAGUAAGGGCCACGCAGCCGGUGGGGCUCUGCUUCCUCCUCCCCGUGCAAAUUGGGGAGUUGUCCUGUGACCGAGCCCACUGCAGUCCCGAGGAGGCUGUAGGCACCAGGGUGCUUCCUGGCCUUGAUUUGCAGUGGCCUCUUGUGUCCAUCCCCAGUCUGGAUACCAAGUGUGCUAGUCCUUUCCCCUGUAAGUGAGCGAGGCCCCAAGACAUGCCGCAGAUAGCGCAGGUCUGGACACAGCCCGGACCUCGGCUUCGGGGACCUGACCCCCGGGUUCCCGAGUCCUGGUGCACGUGGCACUUGGACAUUUGCUCUGGAGCAGGACCGGCAAGGGCAGGGUUCUCAGCCAUGAAGGAGGGGUAAAAGGGGUGUCCCCAAGGCCCAGGGAAGCAGUGUUGGGACCAGAAAGGGAAUGGACUGAAGGCCAGUUCAGGGUGGGACCAGCCGUGUGGAUGAGGGGGCAGACUCCGUGUCUUGCGCCCAAGGACACAGCUCUGCUCUGGAUGGGGGCCCGUGCCUCCUGGGACCUCUGUGCACUGAGCAUAGAGUUGGUGGUCUCCUGGUGUCACAAACUCCAGCUGCCUGUUCCACAAACCACAGGGUCCUCCCCUUGACCAGAGUCCUGCCAGGACCCAGACAGGGCCAUGAGGGCCUGGGGACACUGCUGCUGGGCUUGCCUGCCUGCAGCCUGAGCGCCCCGCCACCCCCGUGCCUCCUGCCCGGUGCCACGUGCAUGCCAGCACCGAGAUCCGCACGAGCUCCCUGUCACACUACGUGGGCCCCAGGUCCCUGCAGCCACCCUGUGGCCUUCUGGUUUUAACACGGGCAUGUGUCCUGGUGAGCUCGAGCACUCGGCAUUGGCGGCAGCGUCCUGGGAUCGUCCUCAUACCGCCGGGGGAGCGCGUCCACUGGGCUCUUGGCGCGCAGCUGCUGGUCCCACAUGGGUGAAAAUGGGACUUUCCCAACAGAGACAUCUGAUGGACUUCGACUCUGUAAUCCCUUCACUUCCUUCAGUCCCCAGAGUGCGAGCACGUGCACAUUCCAUUUCAGUUUAUCCGAGUUCUGUGGUUUACUCUCCAUGGAGCGCUGCCUCCAUCCCGACCGAUGUUGCACUGGUUCUGGUACCUUCCAGGCACCCUUCUCCCCAGCACAUGUCCUGUCCUGCUUGUGGAUAAUCUGUUUCCCCCUGUAAUAAACUCUGUUCUGACCCGUU